CUGGCAGAAGAAGCAGAUCCAUUUUUCUUCGUCGACGAACAAUCACUCCACACUUGGUCGAGCUCGCCGUCGGACGCAGUCCACCGUUGUCAGCCCUGCGUGGUUGUUUCACGCAAGUAUUGAAGAAGGUCCGAACCCAAGGGCUUUGUCUUCUUCCCAAAAUCCGAAAAUUCUCAAGGUAUUUGUGAUGCAUGAUCUGGCAAAUGACUUUGCUCGAUUUGUGUCUGGCAAUUUAGAAGCUCGAGUUUAAGUCAUUUCCUGCUGCUCAUUGGUCUGUAAAUUUAGAAGCUAUUGACGGAUUGCGCACCGAACUCACUCUAGGCAACAGUUUUCAUGAUCUCAUAUUGCAAGAAGAAAUUGGAUAAAUUGCAAGGGUGUUAUCAUUGUCAUUCUUCAGCGAGUUGCCUGAAUCAAUUGGGUUACUAUUACUGAGGCAUCUUUGAGAAAGUAUCUGGAACAAAAAUUAUACGGGGUAUGGUAUCAACUAUGCAUAUUUCAAAGAUUUCAAGGGGGCCAGAUGCCCCUGCUGAGUGUAAUAUAGGUCUGCCCAUGCCUGUGUGUAAUGAAUUUACUUCUACCUGUUGGAUCUACUAUAUUUUCAGUGUACAUGAAUAGCUUCGUGAUAUCCUGAAUCCAUUUGGGUAUAUAUGAUUUUGAUUGUAAAUUUUGAGAUUCAAGUUUGAUCAUAUAUGAAGGUCGCUUUUGAAUUCAACAAUGAGAUUCUACGCUGAUUUGGUGUGUGUAAUGAGUUUAUUUGUCAGCUUGCCCUAUUUAAUCUUCACUACUCCAUUUUGAGCACACUAAGGAUUCAGAUGGUGGUUUUAUUGGGUCAGAAAUGAGAAGAGGAAUAUCUCGUGGAAUGAAGGAGAUGGUGCGGCUAAAAUCAACUUCAUUUGGUGCUGGAUUGGUGUAGAGUCACUUAGCCAAGAUGGCAAUCGUUACUAAGAUCAAAUGGGUCAUUCUUUCUGUAAUCACUUUAUCUGUGGCAUCUGUUGUCCUUCAUCUAUCCUUUGCAAAGUUUUGGACUGUUAGCAUAUUGCAGUAUGGAGCAGUGACUGGUCUUCCUGAAGAUUUUGCUUCCAGAAUGGGGAGACAGGUUAUAAAGAAUAAGAAGCUAUGGGGGGCCAUAGAGUCUCUGGAAACUUUGCAGCCUUAUGUCAACCCUAGAAGCAGUUAUUCUGUUCCAAAGGAGCAGUACAAUGGUUUCAUCUACGCAAAAGUUUUUGGUGGGUUUGCUCAGAUAAGAUCUUCGAUCUGUGAUCUGGUUGCAAUAUCCAGGCUUUUAAAUGCUACCCUUGUCAUCCCAGAAAUUCAACAAAGUACUCAAUCAAAAGGCAUUAGCUCAAAGUUCAAGAGUUUUUCAUAUAUCUAUAAUGAGGAGCAGUUCAUAGCAUACCUGAAAAAUGAUAUAAUCAUUGCGAAGACUCUGCCUGGAAAUUUAAAGGAGAGGAGGAGAAGAAAUGAAUUUCCGAUAUUUAAGCUCAAAAGUUCAACUUCUCCAAACUUCUACAUAGAAGAAGUUCUACCAAAGCUAAAGAAAUCAAAGGUUAUUGGGUUUAUUAUUUCCGCUGGCGGAUGUCUGCAGUCAAUUCUUCCGCCUAGCUUGUCAGAGAUUCAGAGGCUAAGAUGCAGGGUUGCCUUCCAUGCGCUCCAAUUUCGGCCUGAAAUUAAAAUUGUCGGCCAACAAAUGGUUAACAAGUUAAGAGCAUUGGGGCAGCCCUUCUUAGCGUUCCAUCCUGGUUUACUGAGAGACAUCUUGGCUUAUCAUGGUUGUGCAGAACUUUUUCAGGAUGUGCACACUGAACUCAUCCAGCAUCGAAGGGCUCAGAUGAUAAAAGAGAGAAUCAUUAAAGAGGAAUUGAAUAUUGAUUCACGUUUGCAAAGGGAUAAAGGUUUAUGUCCUCUCUCGCCUGAAGAGGUUGGCAUUCUCCUCCGAGUAAUGGGAUAUCCUUCCAAAACGAUUGUUUAUCUAGCUGGCUCAGAAACAUUUGGAGGUCAACGUGUUUUAAUUCCUCUACGAGCCUUGUUUGCCAACUUAGUGGAUCGUACUUCCUUGUGCAGUGAGAAAGAUUUGUCUGACUUGGUUGGACCCGAAGCCCCUGUUCCUCUGAAUGUUUUCCAGCCACCUCCUGUAAGUGCAGAGAAACUCAAAGAAGAGUGGAAGAAGGCUGGUCCUCGGCCUCGGCCUCUCCCUCCUCCUCCAGAUAGACCUAUCUACCAACAUGAAAAAGAAGGCUGGUAUGGCUGGAUUACUGAGACUCCAACAGAGCCUGAUCCUUCUCCUGUGGAUCUGAGGAAUCAAGCACACAGGUUGAUUUGGGAUGCGCUUGAUUACAUUGUUUCUUUAGAAGCAGAUGCUUUCUUUCCAGGAUUUAACGAUGAUGGCAGUGGAUGGCCAGAUUUUUCAAGCAUUGUCAUGGGUCAUCGAUUGUACGAGUCUGCUUCUUCUAGAACAUACCGACCUGACAGGAAAACUUUGGCGGAACUUUUCAACAUCACUCGUGACAAUAUCUACCAUCCCAAACAUAAUUGGACCGUUCUAGUACAAGAACAUCUAAACAACAGCUUGGGCGAAGAAGGCCUUAUAAGGCAAUCUCUCCGUUCAAAACCAACAAUGUUUCUUUCACAUCCUCUCCCAGAAUGCUCUUGUAGAGUAACUUCUUCUGCCAAGCCGGUUAAUAGUGUCAAAAGUAAGGAUGGCCGAGUCCUAUUUGGCGACGAAGAAGAGUGCCCCAAGUGGAUGAAGCAUGCUAGUCAAGCAGGUUCAGGUACAGAAGGUGGUGUUAUGGUGGAAGACAAUGGAUUACCAGAUUAUGAAACUAAUGAUUUGGUGGAAGAAUCUGAAUCUGAAAAAAAUGGCAAAACCAAUGUCACUCUGAUCUGGGAGCAAGAUGAGGAAAUGGAUCCAAAUGACUAAAAGGGGUGACCAUAUCGGAACUUGUUUGAAGUCUGAAGAACAGCAUUCAUUUUUCUGCCCCGUCUUUCAAAUGAAGAGGUAUAGGAUAUACAUGCGUAGGCCACAUAGGUGCGAAAAUUCAAUCUUUGUUCUGAGUAAAUGAUUGUUCAAAUUUAUCCUUUCAUGUCUUCUAUUAUUUAUUUCUCCAUAGAUGUACAAAGAGCAAGUACCCCCUUUCCACCCUCUUCUUUUUCAUACCCAGCACAAUUCCAACUGCAAUUUUGGUGUGAUAUACAGAGUUACGAAAUGAAACGAGAAAAGGUGAAAUUAGCUCGUGAAUUGGAGCUCUUUUGAAUC